AUUUUAUUAUUCUACUCUUUGAACCGGUCUUAACAAAUCAAAGUUGCCUUUUGGCUGAGUAAAAAAGACACAAAAACUACAUUUAUUCUCCUACAAGUUUUCAUACACAAAUGUAAGCAAAAUCCAAACGUAGCUACGUAAAAAGGGAAGGGCAAUUUUAUUUAAUUUCCUCAGUAUACCCUGAAGAAGAUAGAGAAGAGCUGGCUUGAGGGGGAACAAGGCUUUGGAAGAGACAAGUUGCUUUUUCUUCUUUUCCUUUUUGUUAUCACCUUAUCUCUCUCUCUGUCUCUUAUAUUGUUGCAUUGUUUAUUUUGGAGUACUAGCGGCACGGGGGGAAGGAAGAAAAUAAGAAAGAUCAGUUGUGUAAUGGGCAUAAGAGAAAACCAAAGGAAAUGACUUGGUGUAAUGACUGCAGUGAUGUGCAAACUAUUGAGAGAAGCUCGUCGCCAUCAACUACUAAUAAUAUUACUGCCAAAGCCAAAGACUGUCUGGUUAGAUCUUGUCCUUCAUGUGGUCAUCAGAUUAAAUGUAAUGAGCAGGCGAGAAUUCAUGAUUUGCCUGGACUACCAGCUGGGGUGAAGUUUGAUCCGACGGAUCAAGAGCUUCUUGAACAUCUGGAGGGGAAGGUUCGAUCUGAUGCUCGUAAGCUUCACCCACUUAUCGAUGAGUUCAUCCCUACACUUGAAGGCGAGAACGGAAUAUGCUAUACCCACCCUGAAAAGUUGCCAGGAGUCAGCACAGAUGGAUUAGUUCGUCACUUCUUUCAUCGACCUUCGAAAGCAUACACAACAGGAACCAGAAAAAGAAGAAAGGUGCACACAGACACGGAGGGUGGUGAGACCCGGUGGCACAAAACUGGCAAGACCAGGCCGGUCUUUGUUAGUGGGAAGGUGAAAGGUUACAAGAAAAUUCUUGUGCUCUACACCAAUUACGGAAAACAGAAAAAGCCUGAGAAAACCAAUUGGGUGAUGCACCAGUACCACCUCGGCAACAACGAAGAAGAGAAAGAUGGAGAGAUCGUGGUUUCAAAAGUUUUCUACCAAACACAGCCGAGACAAUGUGGUUCACUCAUGAAGGACGCUCUCCCUCCAAAACUAAUGAAGGGACAAAGCGGCCAUGAGGGUCUUAAAAAUAAUCCAGGUCUGGAGACGUAUUACAAUCCUGCAUUCAUAUCUUUUGAUCAAGGUGGUCAAAAUAGAGCGAGCCCUCCUCAAUUAAUUCCCCAUUUCGCAUCCCAUGAUGGUUCUUCGUUUAUUCCUUGAAAAGAGAGAAUAAAGAAGAUAAAAAUAAAUAAGGGAGGUAUAGGGAAGAAAAGGAGAAAAAGCAAGUAAAAUGGAGGGUGGAGAUUGCGGUUCCAAUGAUUGUGCAAUGGUGGGAAUAAGUUAAUAUACAAAUAAUACUUUAGGAAAGGGCACAAGGGACGGGAGGCAUAAGGAAAGAUUUAAUUACUUAAAAGAGUAGUAGAAGUCGGAUUCUUCUUUGAGGAAUUUGAAGAUUUCGCCUUAACACUUUCUUUAAUUUUUUGGGUUUUAAAUGCAUGCUUUGUACAGUGUCAAGAAUGUAAAUUUUAAAUGUAUGGGUCAUGAAGUGGCAAUGACAAUGUUAACUUUCAAACUGCACAAA